AUGGAACGCCUCGACGACGCUACAAGGCAUGCGUACCGGUCCGCCUUCAGACAGGCUGUCGCCGACGGUCAAGCGAAGCCGUUGUUGAUACCCUACAGCGUGCUUGGUGCCUUCAUCGUCCCCGCGCUGUGGCUCACCAUCCCUCACACGCACCGCCCCUGGCUCUACCAAACAAGAUGGCUCGUCGUCGCUUUUGUCGUCCUCUUCAACAUCAAUGUCGCUCGCCAGUCUUCCAGCACGAACAUGGCAUGUGCUUAUGCUGCCGGGCUGAUGGCCUCCUGGGGCGUCGUUUUGAACAUGAACUUGCUCGUCUGGAAGCGUCCGCAGUUCGAGGCCGCACGAGCGAUACGAGUCCUCCGGAAGGCGACGCACGAAAGAACGGAUAGCACAUUGGCGAGUGCGACUAGCCCUCAAACCUCCCAUGGCCUUCGCAGCCGGAACAUCGGCGUGCCUACCGCUGGCCCUCGUACCCAAGAAUUCGAAUCUAUGACGGAUGCAGAGCUUUCGAGGAGCAGGCAAGAUAUUUCGUUCCAAUAUCCUGAUUUUGCGGAUGCUUACAAGAGAGCAGGCUGGAACUGGUCGAUAUCAUCCAUUCCGCGGCCCAAAAUUCCUGCAAAGACCCGAUUGGGAGACCGGGUGGACCUCAACUCGAUGCCUCGAGUGACGGGCAGCGGCUAUGAGCGUUGCCUCACCGAACGGCAGUUUAUCCGCAAACACGUUGUCAAAAUCCUCAUCAUGUACUGCAUUCUGGAUCUCCUAUCCGUCUCCAUGAUGAUGGAUCCUUACUUCAUCCACGGCCCAGACAACGCCUCCGAGCUUCCCCGCCAUCUUCAACGUCUGUCGCCGUGGGUCAUCAUUGCCUACAGGGAAUUGCUCUGUUUAUCUGGCGUCCUGGCUGCUCUCGAUGCCGUCUUCGCCGUCAACAAUGUCGUUCAAUAUUGGCUCUUCAAGACUCUCUGGCCGUCGCGUGCCGCCCUCUGGCACUAUUCCUCCACUUUCGGCUCCUUCUCGCUUGUUCUUGAUAAAGGUCUCGCCGGCUGGUGGGGAGACUGGUGGCACCAGACCUUUCGCCAGCAGUUCCUCGCCCCCUCCCUCUAUCUGCAGCGACGAGGAUACCUCCGGGAAGGCUCGCAAACAGCUGCCGCCGUUGCCAUGUUCUUAUCCUUCUUUCAGUCCGGCCUGCUUCACGCCUUCGGUAGUAUGUCGUCUAUUCCCGAAACAAGACCUUGGCGCUCGCCGCUAUUCUUUCUUCUCCAAGUCGCCGGCAUCAGCAUUCAAGACGGCCUUGCCAAGGUGAUGAAACGACGCGUGCCAAAUCCACCUCGGAUGCUGACCCGCAUCGCCAACUUCCUCUUCACUUUCGUCUGGAUGUACGCCACGUCGACACUGUUCAUUGAUGACAUUUCCUCUUCCGGGUUGUGGCUGUUGGAACCGGUUCCCAUUUCGCCCCUUCGCUGGCUUGGGUACGGCCACCCGACGGAUCAUUGGUGGAGGUGGGAUCGAGAUCACUUUCCUAAGUGGCAUUCCGGAGCGCAUUGGUGGGAGACGGGCAUCGCAUUGUAA